CCAGGGGCUGGGGACUCCGACGUGGGGGAGGCGGAUGUCUGCUGCCUGGGACAGCGGCCCACGGCCUGGGAGCCCGCCAGGCCGCCCCCGAUUGGUCCGAGCAGUCCUCGGUGCGAGCCCCCACUCUCGAGUUCCGGAGGGGCCUGGCUCAAGCCAGCCUACCCUGGUAACCUGGGGAUGCGGUCUACUAGUCCGGCCCAGAGCCCGGAGGGUUCAGUUUUUCGGGAGUGCUUUGUGAGAGUUCGUGGCUGUGGGUCUUAGUCCUGGUCCUUGGAAGCACAAAAUGAGGGAGCCUUGUCCCGGUCCUUAGAAACCUGUGCGCAGCCAGAGAGUUCACCCAGGCCACGGGAGCAGAAUGGAACACUACCGGAGGGCUGGCUCUGUAGAGCUCCCAGCAUCCUCACCAAUGCCCCAGCUUCCUCCCGACACCCUGGAAAUGCGAGUCCGAGAUGGGAGCAAAAUCCGGAACCUGCUAGGCCUGGCGCUGGGUCGGUUGGAGGCGGGGAGCACAAGGCAUGUGGUGUUCUCAGGUUCUGGCCGCGCUGCUGGAAAGGCUGUCAGCUGUGCAGAGAUUGUCAAAAGGCGGGUUCCAGGCCUACACCAACUCACCAAGCUUCGUUUCCUGCAAACUGAGGACAGCUGGGUCCCAACCUCACCAGACACGGGCCUAGACCCACUCACAGUUCGACGCCAUGUGCCUGCGGUGUGGGUACUGCUCAGUCGGGACCCCUUGGAUCCCAGUGAAUGUGGCUACCAACCCCCAGGAGCACCCCCCGGCCUGGGCUCCAUACCAAGUUCCGGCUGUGGUUCCAGACCCCGAAGAAGGACUCGGGACACCCGGUCCUGAAGACCUGCUGAGCCUGACUGUGUGCUGGACCUGAAUAUCUUCUGUGCCUUCUCUAAGAAGCGCUUGGGUGGCAUUCAUCAUGCCAGCAGGGCUCGAGUCCACUGAAACGCUGCCUUCCCCUCCCCCUGGAGUGUGGGAUGUCACUGCCAUAAAGAGUGAUGGGUGUGGGGUCAGUGCUAAGUCAAAGACUGCUUGAGAAGGGCUUGCUCUGGCUCUGUCUACAGCAUAUCUGUCUCACUUGCCUUUUUUGACAUCGGUCUAGGGAAGGGAAAUAAAGGUUGUACCCAUUUGUUUGA